CUGCACGCGCGUGGUGUGUUUGCCGCGGGUGGAGUGUGAGCGGCGCCAUUUUCCGUGAAUUUUGGUGCUUUGUGCAGUCAUACGUGGUGUGAGCUAUCGUCCUGGUGUGCCAGUGUGAAGCACCAACUACCUAGUAAGAAAGUGGGCUUGACUUUGUGUGGUAACGGACGAAACGUGCAGCUAGAGGUACUGUCAUGGCAGACAAUACCUUGUACCAGUUGCUCGGUGUAGCAAGGAAUGCAUCGGAUGGCGAUAUAAAAAAGGCGUAUCGGCGGCUGGCCAAGGAGUUCCACCCGGACAAGAACCCUGAGGCCGGCGACAAGUUCAAGGAGAUCUCGUUCGCGUACGAGGUGCUGACCGACCCGCAGAAGCGGCGCAUCUACGAUGCGCAGGGCAUCCGUGGCCUGCAGGAGGGCGGCGGCGGCGGCGCCGACAUGGCCGGCUUCGGCGAGGACAUCUUCUCCCACUUCUUCGGCGGCGGGCUGGGCGGCAUGUUCGGCAUGGGCGGUGGCCGGCAGCGCGGCCCACGCCGCGGCGAGGACACUGUUUACCCCCUCAAGGUGACGUUGGAGGACCUCUACAACGGUAAGACGUCGAAGCUGCAGCUGAGCAAGAGCGUGGUGUGUGCCAGCUGCGGCGGCACCGGCGGCCGCAUGGGCACGGCUCCGGCGCCCUGCCGCGGCUGCCAGGGGCGCGGCAUCAAGAUCCACAUCCGCCAGAUCGGACCGGGCAUGGUGCAGCAGAAGCAGACCAUGUGUCCCGACUGUCACGGCGAGGGCGAGCUGAUGAGUGAGCGCGACCGCUGCCGCACCUGCGCCGGCCAGAAGACCACCAGCGAGGUCAAGAUACUGGAGGUACACGUGGACAAGGGCAUGCGUGACAGCCAGAAGAUCACGUUCCGCGGCGAGGGGAACCAGAAGCCGGGCAUCGAGCCGGGCGACGUGAUCGUGGUGCUGCAGCAGGUGCCGCACGAGGUCUUCCAGCGCGACGGACACGACCUGCACAUGACGAAGAAAAUUUCGCUGACCGAGUCGCUGUGUGGCUUCCGGAUCCCGAUCAAGCACCUGGACGACCGGACAGUGGUGAUCAUGUCUGAGCCGGGCACCGUCCUCCAGCCAGGCGCGCGCAAGGGCGUCCGCGGUGAGGGCUUCCCCAUCCACCGGAUGCCGUUCGAGAAGGGCAACCUGUACUUGCGCUUCGAGGUGGACUUCCCGGCCAACCACUGGGCGCCGGAGCCGGUGUACCCGCAGCUGGAGGGCCUGCUGCCGCCGCGGCGCGCCUACCAGCGGCCGCCCGGCGAGCACGUGGAGGACGUGCACCUGGAGGACUUCGAUCCCAGCACGCAGUCACGGUCGGGCCGCGCCGAGGCGUACGACGAGGACGAGGAGGAGCACGGCGGCCCGGGCGUGCAGUGCGCCCACCAAUAACGCACGCACCGCGCUAGAUCGUAAUGCGUCGACGCCGCGCCGCCGAGACGGUGGCGCGGCGGGCCCCGCCGCCGCCGCGACGGGUGCCUGUCAGCGUCCCGGCCGGCGGAGGCUCGGAGAGCGGCGCGCCCGAGUCCGGCGCCGCAAGAGGCGAAUGAAUCCGCGCGCGCGGCGGUGCGCCGUCCGGUGUCGUGGGCGGCGCGGGGCCGGUGGCGGCGAAGUCCCGCUGCUAUGUGGCCCGGUGUCGCCGAGGCCCGAGGGUCCUGUGGUCUGGUGUCACCGAGGCCCGAGGGACGUGGUCUGGUGUCACCGAGAGGCGUGUGGUCCGGUGUCACUGAGGCCUGAGAGCCGUGCGGUCUGGCGUCACCGAGGCCCGAGGGAUGUGUGCUCUGCUGUCGCCGAGAAACGUGCGGUCCGGUGUCGCCGAGAGAUGCAUGGUCCGGUGUCACCGAGACCCGAAGGGACGUGUGGUCUUGUGUCAUCGAGGCCUGAGAGGUGUGUGGUCCGGUGUCACCGAGGCCCGAGGGACGUGUGGUCCGGUGUCACCGAAGCCUGAGAGACAUGUGGCGCGGUGACACCGAGGCCCGAGGGACGUGUGGUUCGGUGACACCGAGCCCCGAGGGAUGCGUGGUCCGGUGUCGCCGAGGCCCGGCAAAUAUAGAACGGUCCGUCGUCACCAUUACCGCAGUGAAGCGGGAUUCAAAUUUGCUGGGACCCAAUCCCACAAGGUUGAGGCCUGUCUCGGCCCCGGGAGAAGUCGUGCUCUGGUGUCGUCGGACCCCGCUGAAGAGCGGCGCCGGUGUGAUGUGGCGCCGGCCGGCAUCCGGCGGCCCCAACGAACUGAGGUCGUGCGAGGGGAGCGACGACUCCGUAGCACCUGUCUCGAGCGGGCCCGGUGCCCCGGCGGCGGCUGUGCGCAGGGGAGCGAGACGGGGUCGGGUAGCGGGCUGACUCAGGGCCGUCAUCCGUGAACCCGGGCUGCCGCACGGCGCCCCGCGCGGUGCGACUGCUGUAGUGAGUGACUUGUGGGUCGGGAACUGCACCCGGGUGACUGUGCGUGUGUGUGUGUGUGUGUGUGAAAUCGUGGGCCGACCACGUGCGUUCGAUGGGGGGGGGCUCUGCGGCGCCGGACGGUGCGGGAGCCGACGAUCUGCGGGUCGGGUGGCUCUGCCGCCCACCACUGGACGAUCGCCUAAGGAAACGUGUUGGCAGUGGGCGAGGGGGACAGCCCCGUCGAACAUAUGUGGAAAUUCAGGUUGUAAGUAUCGUGAAGUAACGCAAAUUGUGCAAAGUUGGAUUUGUGCUAUUCGAGAGUCUCCAGGUUAUGAUUGUUGUUUAUGAUCGUGCUCGUGUUCUGCACAUAGCUCUUCUGCUCUGCCUGCCGUGGGAUGCUCGGGAACGAGCUACGAGGCGGUGGCUUUUAGAUCCGGCAACUACCGCGGCGCUGUGUAGGGCUCGGUUGUCACGUUAUCUAAUGAGUGGUCGUUUCGUUUGGUGCGUAUGUCUGUCUGCGUGAGCUUGUCUGGCCCCACGGAGAGGCACUUCUAUACAAUAAAUCAGCCGUACUUCGCCGCGUGA